AUGUCUUACUCCUGGGUUGGCGCACCUACCGAAUUCAAUGGCACAUCACCGUUGGGUGGUGAUUCCACCACCGAAAACUUGAACCAAUGGUAUCAAUCUGGUGACACAGCAUACAUUCUGGUCGCAUCAGCAAUGGUGAUGAUCAUGAUUCCGGGUCUUGGAUUCCUUUACUCUGGUCUCGCACGCAGAAAGUCAGCUCUUAGUAUGAUCUGGGCCUGUAUGGCAUCCUGCUCCGUCAUCACAUUCCAAUGGUACUUCUGGGGUUACUCGCUGGCUUUCUCGGACUACGCAACGAACGGGUUCAUUGGCGACUUGCAGAAGUUCGGUCUUAUGAAGACACUCGGUGCACCUUCUCCUGGCUCUCCCUUGAUUCCUGAGCUCCUCUACGCUUUCUACCAGAUGCAAUUUUGCGCCGUUACCGCCGCUAUUGUUGUUGGUGCCGUCGCUGAGCGUGGUCGCCUGAUUCCUUGCAUGGUCUUCAUCUUCUUCUGGGCCACUCUCGUUUACUGCCCCGUCGCUUGCUGGGUCUGGGGUGCCCACGGAUGGGCUUUCCACUGGGGUGUUCUCGACUACGCUGGUGGUGGUCCCGUUGAGAUUGUCUCUGGUAUGUCGGCUCUCGCCUACUCGAUGAUUCUCGGUAGACGUCAGGAGAAAAUGAUGCUCAACUUCCGUCCUCACAACGUCUCCCUCAUCACUCUCGGUACUGUCUUCCUCUGGUUCGGUUGGUUGGGCUUCAACGGUGGUUCCGCCUUCGGUGCCAACCUCCGCGCUACCAUGGCUUGCUGGAACUCCAACUUGACUGCCAUGUUCGCUGCCAUCGCCUGGGUCGUCCUCGAUUGGAGACUCGCUCGUAAGUGGUCCAUGGUUGGUUGGUGUUCCGGUACCAUCUCUGGUCUCGUCGCCGCCACUCCCGCUUCUGGUUUCAUCACUCCUUGGGCAUCCGUCGUCCUUGGUAUCACCACUGGUAUCGUAUGCAACUUUUCCACCAAGAUCAAGUUCUGGAUCCGCAUCGAUGACGCUAUGGAUGUGUUCGCUGAGCACGGUGUUGCUGGUAUGGUCGGUCUCUUCUUCAACGGCAUUUUCGCCGCCUCCUACAUUAUUGGCCUCGAUGGUGUCAACAACGGUAUCGACGGUGGCUGGAUCCAGCACAACUGGAAGCAGAUGUACAUGCAAAUUGCAUACAUCGCCGCCGUCACCGCCUACUCAUUCGUCAUCAGCGCUGCCAUUGCCUUCAUCAUCAACAAGAUCCCUGGACUUCACCUUCGUGCUUCUGAGGAAGCUGAGCUCCUCGGUAUGGAUGACGACCAGCUCGGCGAGUUCGCCUACGAUUACGUUGAGGUCCGUCGUGACUACCUCGCCUGGACCCCCGCCCGUGACCAGCCCGAGACUGCCGACCACCAGAUCCCUCAAGGCGAGCGUCACGGUAUCCCCCAACACUCCCAAAUGCUCGAGGGCAAGGCUCCCAGCGAAAGCGACAGCCAAGGAAACGAGCACACCGGUAUCGGUGGUGACCGUCACGCCGUUGCCUACGAAAAGGCCGAGCGUGAACAACGCACCUUGGACGGUUAA